UGAUGUGAUCACUCCUUGCUCAGCCUUCCUCCCCGCACCUACAUCAUCCCUUCGACUCUUGAGAGUACAUACGUCUUGCACUGGUGGCUCUGAAUUUCCCUGCGUCUGCGCCACCAUGUCGGAGUCUUCAGCUUUUGUGAUACCCUGGGCUAACGACACGCUAUGUGCCACGUGCCGAGAAGUUCUUCGCCGCCCGGUUUCUGUCACCUAUGGUGAAAUGACCUUGCGAAUCUCGGCAGCUCGAAAGUGUGGUCUUUGUCUGUUUUUCUUUGACGAAAUCUUUUCAAAGACGUUACGGUCAUCCGCGAAACCGGCAGAUCUGGCCCUCGAAAAAGAGGGCUCCUUGUUGCGAGUGACUGAUUUCAACGACGUUCUCCAUCUUUAUGAGCUUCAUACAGCGCAAAGACAAUCAGUCUUGUCUACUACACCAUUUCGACUCAUUCAGGCGCAUGUCAACACAGAGCCUUGUUGGAAAUUAAUUGGUAAAUGGCUCAUGGGAUGCGAAGAGAACCAUGAGACUUGUCGGCAGAUCAAUUUGGCAGCAAAGCCGACCAGAUUACUUGACAUUGGCUCAUUUCCGGAGCUCCGGAUCGUAGAACAUCCUACAAUUGAUGUAAACAAGCGUUAUGCAGCUUUGAGUCAUUGCUGGGGGGCAGCUGGUAUACCUCUGAAACUUACGAAAGCAGUUCUCGAUCACUUCCUACAUCGUAUCGACUUGCAGGCUAUGUCUCAGAACCUGCAAGAUGCUAUAUUCGCUACGAGAAAGUUGAGCAUUCGGUACCUCUGGGUUGACUCCCUAUGUAUCAUCCAGGAUAGCACAGAGGACUGGGCCGCUGAGGCUGCCCAGAUGGGAAAUUACUAUCGUAACGCGUUCGUUGUUCUUUCCAGCCUCAGCGCAGCCGAUGCAAGAACCGGUUUCCUUCGCCCUCGGCCUUAUCGAGCAUCAAUUCGUCUUGGCUCGGGACUACAAAUUCGUCCGGCCCGACCGUCAUGGGAGGAGGUAUUCAAGAAUUCUUCACUCAGUACUCGAGCAUGGGCCUUUCAAGAACGCCUAUUGUCUACCCGAAUCGUUCAUUUCGAACACAAUGAGUUGUUUUGGGAAUGUCUCGAAACUUCUGCAAGGGAGGGAAGCUUCUUGGAAAGCUCUGGACUUUGGACCGAGACCGACUGGCGUCAAGAAAGCCUCAAGAGGUGCCUGGCCUUUGACAACAUUAUCAGCUCCAACAAAAAACCCAACAAACUUACGCAGGAAGUUCUCAUGCUGCAGUGGUACCGAAUAUUAGCCUACUAUACGACGAUGGAAAUCUCGUACAGUGCAGACCUUGGUGUUGCCAUCAGUGGUAUUGCACAAAAGUUCGGCGAAGCAACACAAUUUUCAUACCUGGCCGGUAUUUGGUUAGAAGACGUACAUGCGGGCUUGUUGUGGUAUCCUAUCGAUUCAAACCAGCGAAAAACCUCGCUUACACCGACGUGGUCCUGGGUCGCAACGUAUGGACCCAAAAAACAGAUCUAUGAUCUAGACUCGCGUGCUUCAGAUUCGCAACAUGAGGCUACCAUAGCUGGAUCAUCUGUAGUAGCACCUUCCAGCAACAACUUCAUCAUUUCUUCUUCCAGCGACAGUGUCUGCAUAGAAUUGGUAGCAAGUUACUUCACCCCAAACUGCAUCUCCAACUCUAAUGCUAGCCACGAUUACGGUACUCCCUACUUACGGCAAGUCCUCGAAAUUGUAAACGAUCUGGGGGCCUUCAUCGGUACUGGAUACUUGGAUACUUUGGAUGAAAUCGUAGACGACACUAGCUCCACCGAUUGGACAGCAAUCAUUAUCUGCCAACGCGUACACCCAAAACUUGGAUUUGUCACGUACUUCCUUAUAGUGCAACCGAUCCGCGAAGGGGUUUACAGGCGUGUUGGCAUUGGCCAAACAGCAGAUACCGUCUAUGGAUAUGCGACGAAUACACUAGACCUUGAGAGUCUACAACGUAAGCGCUUCAGACUUGAGUAGAACACGUAGCGUGUCUGUUCUUACUGUUUUGCGACGAAGAAGAACCAUAUCUGCAAGUUUUCUUGGAGAGCACAAUGCUUCACAUCACUCUGCUGUGAAGAGCUCCCGAUACAGUGCUGAUAUCAUUUUCUGAAGGCAGUAAGACACCUGCCUUUCUACACGUAGGAGCACAAAU